AUGUCGGAUCCAUCCAAUACCUCCCGGCGAGCUUCAGGACCGAGUCCCGAGCGAGCCGCAUCCUCAACGGCCGAAAGAAAGGCUCAUGCCAGCGCGUCUGCACCACCUAGGAUCAGGCGGCGUAACAGGCUGAUCACAUCAUGUCUCGAAUGCCGGCGGCGCAAGCUCAAGUGCGACAAACAGAACCCGUGCACGAACUGCACCAAAUUCUCACGGGACUGCUUGUUCCUGGCUCCCACGCUUGAUCCAGCUGCUCAGCUUCGUCUGGCUGAGAUGAAGGAGAAGAUAGGUUCGUUGGAGAGGUCGCUUGAGGAGGACGUUGCCCGAAGACCCAGUGUAUCCAAGAAGAAACCGAGCAUAAAUCUUCCCGGCCUAGAGGAUGCAGACAGUGCCGAUGAGGAUGAUCCUGAAGAUGAGCGAGAUCUCGAGCCAACCCCGAUGGCCAUCGCCGAUACUGCAUACUCUCAGGAGGCGGACGACGAUAUUAUGGAUCUAGGUAUAGCACUAGGAAAAAUGAGGAUUACAGAAAAGCUAGGGGGGUAUGCCAGACCCAAACUGGCAGAGGAGCUCAACGAGAUACUCAAGGUGGUACCGGGGGCAUUACCUUCAGAUAGCGGCUUCUCCAGUCUUGCCGCGUCACCUAAGAGUGCGCAUAGUCUAGCUCCCGGACCUGAUUACAUCCCGCCGGCGUCCAGCUUCCUCUUCGCUCCUGAGCCUAGAAGAGACACUUUGUUACAUUUCUUACCCUCUAAGGCUGCAACAGACAAACUCAUAGCACGAUACUUUGAAGCCGUGCACCCUGUGACCCGUACAGUCCACCGACCUUCCUUCGAGAGGCAAUAUAGCCUAUUUUGGCGAAAUAUCGGCCUCAAUAUUGAGCCUCCCUAUUCCUUUCAAGCAGCGGUCUUAGCUGCCCUCCUUUCGGCCAUUAUCAGCUUGCCGGAUGACUCGAUCUUGUCUGAGUAUGGCGCUUCCAAACCUGAGCUGGUUGAGAACUUCCGGCAGGGCGCUGAGACUGCGCUGGCCCGGGCAAACUUCCUUCGCACCACCAAGCUAGAGACACUACAAGCCUUCGUCAUGUACAUGAUACCACUCUGCCGCAAAGAGGUCUCACGAGCCCACUCCGCUCUACUCGCCUCAGCUAUACGGCUUGCUGAAUGCAUGAGUCUGAACCGCGAUGGCUCACAUUACGGGCUUUCGCCUGUGGAGACACAUGUCCGCCGGCUCGUUUGGUAUCAGCUGUGUGUAUUGGACAUUCGUGUAUGCCAAGCUGUAGGGCCGCGCCCUAUCAUCCGGCGAGAAGACUUCGAUACCAAGUUCCCGCUCAACGUUGACGACUUCGAACUAGAGUCGCCGAAUCCGCCUACCAUUGAUGCGGAUAGAUGGACAGACAUGACGCUAACCAGGAUGCGCUUUGAGUGUACUGAGAUGCAACGCCUCAUAUGGGUCGAGCGGCCGAGAGUAGAGCGGAAGAAGACGACGCUUACAGCGCUGCUGAGCAAAGUCCAGAAUUUCUGGGCCGCCAUGGAGAAGCGCUACUUCCCGAUGCUUGACAAGAGAAUACCGAUUCACUACUUUGCCUACUGCAUGUACAUUGUCGCUUCGCGCGGCAUGCAUAUAGGCGUCCUCUCUCGCUAUAUCACUAACGCCCAGCGCAUGAUGCCCGAACGUUUGAGACAACUCACCAUGUCAUCGGGGACGGUGCAGCUGGAGCACGCAAUCACACUGGAGACUAAUCCUUCUCUAGCGCCUUGGGCUUGGUAUUCUGGAGCUCUACAACAGUACCACACAGCGCUCCUCCUCAUGGGCGAACUCUACGUCUCCCGCCCCAGCCCCCGGGAGGAAGAACGUAUAUGGCGCUGUCUCGACUACGUCUUCGAGCUUUCGCCCGAGAUGACCACGCUCGAGAAAGUACGCUACGUGCUCAUCGAGCUGCGCGACCGGGCAAGUGUCUUCCAAACCAUCCGUAAGACACGUGCACCGGCAACAAUGAGGGAACCCGGUCCGUUAGCGUAUGCAUCAGAAUACUCGCAAAACGUAAAGCAGGGAGCAGGAGCGCAACAGAUGGCCUAUUUCCGCGGCCAUCCUAGCGCGAACAACGCUGGACCGAGUUUUGACUUCAAUAGCAUUGCUGAUGGGGUUCAUGGGGAGGCGUUGAUUACCCCGGCGCAGCAGAUCGGGCCUGGCUCUGCGACCGGAGCGAGUGUCCCUGGCAGUGCGGGCACGAUGGGACAUAGUGAGAGUCCUCAGGACCUUAUGACGGAUAUUGACUGGAACGAGUGGGACAAGAUAUUCCCACAGGACUUCAGCUCCGGAGACUUUAACAUCCCCGACUUUAGCUUCCCACCUGGUGGUGGGAGUAUGAUGUGGUAA